GGAGGCCGGAUAUGUUCCAUAAGAGAGAAUCAAACUUUUGGGGCUUUUGGCGUCCAAUCGGUGAGGCGGAUUUGUUCCAUAAUUCUCAGCAAUCUCUCCUCCGUCCGCCAUUGUUUUUUCACACUGACUGACUUCAACAAAGCGACACUGAGGAGAUGCAGGGUCCUGAUGGCCAGCCAGGAUACCAGCAUGUCCUGAAGCUGGCCAAGGCCCUGCUGGAAGCCAGGAGCCUUCAGGGGCUUUCUGACAAGAGGGUGGACGAACUCAUGGCCCUCUGGCAACGCCUGCACGAGCCGGACAGGCGACGAGUCGUCUACCCUCCCAGACACCGGGAGAGGCAGCUGAAGGGGAAAGAACACCUCCUGUCCUGGGAAGGAGAGUCUCCAACGGUUCUCUCGGCAGUACAGGUGGGACAAGGACAGCCCUUCAAUUACAACAUCCCGGAGGCGCCGGGACCUUCAGGGGUGGGUCUGCCUGCCUCAUCUGGCCACAUCCCCCCUCCUCCUCCCCCUCCUCCUCCCCCUCCUCAGACACUGCUCCCGGAUGUCCCUCUCAUGGCUGCCUCUGCUGCUCAGCCUCCUCCUCUUCGUGUGCCCAGGACAACAGCCUACAGGAAGAGGAAGGCGGCGGAGGCUGAUGCUGCAAGGGGCGGGCCGUCGCCCGGGAGCAGACAGGUCAGUACACCUGCAGCAAGUGUGGCCAGGCCAAGAGGAUCAACACUGACCACACUCGCAUUGCAGGUGUGUCUUACUGUGCGGCUGCCGGUGGGAAAACUGGCGGGAGGAGAUGAAAAGACUCAAAAGGGACCCAGAGGGUGGGGGGGAAUGAUAGCACUUUUUUCUUUAAUUCUCUUUUAUCUUUAUUUAUUUGAAUCUCUAUUUUAAAAUAAAACUCUGAACUGAA